AUGGCUCCCAAGGUGAUUGACGAGGGUCGAGUGACUUGCGGCCGGGACCGGCCUGGUCCACUGCUAGGCCCCGCCUGGGCCAAUCGCAGCGCUGGCGACGCGGUCCCCGAUGUCCAGCUCGUUCAUCUCGUGAACGAGAAGCCUGAGAAGGUGUCCCUGCGCGACCUCUUCAAGGGCAAGAAGGGCAUCCUCGUGGGCGUGCCCGGCGCAUUCACCCCCGGCUGCUCCAAGACGCACCUGCCCGGCUACAUCAACGACUACGAGAAGCUGAAGGCGGCCGGCAAUGAGAUCACCGUCCUGCUCACCGUGAACGACCCCUUUGUCGCCGAUGCCUGGGCCACCUCGGCCGGCGCGCAGGGCAAGGUGGACGUCUACGCCGACCCUGCGGGCGAGGCGGUGAAGGCUCUGGGCGUGGAAUUCGACGCCACGCCAUUCCUAGGCAACGUCCGCAGCGCGCGCUUCUCGGCCGUCGUUCAGGACGGCACCUUCAAAACCUUCAACCUGGAGGACGGCGGCGGCCUGACCUGCUCCCUCUCCAACCAGAUCCUGGCGCAGCUCAAGGAUGCAUGA